AUGUGCUCCGUUGUGGUCAAAGUGAAUUCAAGUGUCGCCUUUGCUAUUUCAAACUGCGGUGAGGAGAAUGGCUACGAAGUGGUUUUGGUGGGUCAUUCCUUAGGUGCCGCCGUGGCAGCCGCCUGCUGUGUGCAGCUGCGUGCUGGCCCCGGUGCUUUGAGAACUGCGCGCUGCGUGUGCUACGCACCCCCCGCCACGGUGGACCCCAACCAAGCGGCGGAAGCGGCCAGUUAUAUCACCAGCGUGGUACAUGACGAUGAUUGCAUCCCAAGGAUGUCCAUCUUGUCACUGCUGGAGCUGUACAAAAGUUUGGUGUCAUACAACUGGUUGCCAAGGGCCACGGGUUUGGUGGGAAAGAUGCGAGCAGAUCCGCAGCAGGCGUGGUUCCUGGAGCUGGGUGAUAACGCCUUCAGGAAGACCUUGGAAGAGCAGCUGGAGUCCAUUUGGAAGGAGCAAGCUGGGCAACUUGUGGAAGAGGUGAAGAAGUUGGAAAAACCUCGGCAAGAAGCCCAUCCCUUGAGCAUCCCUGGCUUCAUUGUGCAUCUCUACAGGUGCCCUGGUGGCUAUGGAAUCAUCAAAGCCUUGGAUAGCAACUUCCGAAGCAUAGAGCUGUCCUCCAGCAUGGUGACGGAUCACUUCCUGUCUAACUACAUCAGUGCUCUGGAAACUUUGACCGCCGGCGUUUCUGCAUCGCAUCACAGCAAGCUGCAGCGUUUGCGAGACUUCCUGGGGGACGGCGACGAUGUCGCUGAGGUGGCUGUGCAAGAUCGCCUUACCAAAGCCUCAGCAGAUCGGUCAGAUUUGAUUGCGGAGACCGACUACUUGACCAUCGAUUCAUCGCUUCACGAACGGCACGCGUCCACUAAAGCGCCGGAGAACCAAAAAGCCUUUGCCAGCGACAGGGUCCAAGCCAACCUAGCGGCUUCGGGGAAGAACACCAUGCCACAAGCUGACGUGGAGGUGAAGGCGCCACCGCCAUUGGGCGACUCGGUCAGGACAAGUGGCCCGGACAUGCGAAAUUUUUCGGAGCUCUUUGGGACGGAGAUGGGCCGACGUGCGCAGCCCAUCACGGAACGACAGGAUUUGUUGGGUACUACGAAGUGUUCGUUCCUGGACUUUCGAAACGAGAUCGAAUCUGCUCGAAAGGAUCCCGGAAGGAUCUCUCAAGCAGAUUCACCUCGAAAUCGGAAGGAGGCUGAGAUGUCCUCGACCCUGGCUGCUCUCCCUGUGGCCGCAAAGGUGCCAGAACUGCAGCAGGCGAUGGACGCAGAGCGUGGAUUCUGGGAUAGCAAGGAUGGCUUUGGCAUCGGUGCGGAGGUCUCCCGUCGUCGGCGAGAGAAGGACUUUCGCAAGGAUUUUAAAGGAGACGUUCACCAUUUGCAGCGGAAGCAAGAAUGCCUGGGCUCUACGCAGGUGAAAGAAAACAUCGGCCUGGACUCUACGUGCGACGCAUCAUCCAGGAGGGAGGCACUUGAAUCAGCUCGCAGUCAGCAGAGGCUGAAGGCUCCACAUUCGCCCAUCAAGCACUCAGGUGCCAAGCGAUCUGAGCCUGGGUUCGGUAUCAGAAUCAUCGCAGGGACCUUCAGGGAAGGCUUUGAGCUGGAGCACUUUCCCUUCGACGUCCAGGUGCCAAUCCUGCGGAACCAAUUCACGGUGAUGACGGACUUCGAUCUUUCUGGCCCAUUGAUGCAAGGUAUAUGAUUGAGACCAUUUUUCUGCUGAUCCAUGUGCUUCUGGGAGCCCUGAGUUUGCAUUAUAUGUUUCUCGGGUCGAAAAAACUGGCCCGAUUGCAGGAGGUUUGCUCGGCAAGUGACGAUGCCCAGCAAUAGAAAUUGCCAUGAGUUGGGCCAAG